UUUUGAAGAUGGUCCUAAAAGGCAUCCCUCGUAUCCUGUCCCCAGAGUUGUUGUUCGUGCUCGCCCGUAUGGGCCAUGGCGACGAAAUAGUUUUUGGUGAUGCAAAUUUCCCGGCCAGCUCCAUCUGUAACAGUGGACCAAUCGAAGUGAGAGCAGAUGGACACUGUAUUCCUGACCUGUUGGAGGCAGUUCUGCAACUCCUGCCACUGAAGAAGGAAUAUGAAGCAGCUGUGAUGGACCUUGUAGAUGCAGACAAGACGAAUGGACUGGAGACACCUGUGUGGGACACAUACAAAGAUAAGCUGAUAGAGGCAGGCAACAAUGGCGAACUGAGGAAAGUUCAGCAGUCUGAGUUCUAUGAGAGAGCCAAGAAAGCGUUUGCAGUGGUGGCCACAGGAGAAACUGCACUGUAUGGAAACAUCAUAUUGAAGAAAGAUGUCAUUCCCUCAGAUGGCACCCCAGAUGAAGCAUAGAUAUAGAAUACGCCUUUCUCACGCGGCGGCCAUGAUAGAUCUAAUACGAGUCCAAUGAGGCAAACAAAAGACUGCCCAUCAAAAUUAGCAGUUCAACCAAUGAUAGCAUGGAAAUUAGAAAAUUGACCAAUAAGAGAAUGGCUGGAUGUCCGUCAAAUAUUUGCAUUUUUAUGUUUUUAUUUUGGGAUCAGUACGCUUGUCUAAAUUGCUCCAUAUUUCACUGCUUAACACUGGUUAUAAUAUUUAUUAUUUGAUCUUAUAUUGUGAAAAUUUGUGUGGUCUGCUGGGAAAAACUGAAUGGGAGUUGAUUUUAGAAAUAAGUUUUGUCUGUUUGCCUCAAUGGGAUCGUGUGGCGCAGCGGCGGAAUUUGUACCUCGUGACCGAGAGGUUGUGGGUUCGAAUCCGACUGCGUGUCACCGAUCCCUUGGGAAAGGCACUUUACAUGGCUUUCCUCACUAUACUCAAUGACCUAGUGGGUAGAGU